UUUUUUACUUUUUUCUCUACUCUUUCUAGUUUCCUGGACGAUUUAGAUCGGUUAGGUGCCAAAGAUUAUCAACCAACCGAACAGGAUAUUUUGCGCACUCGUGUCAAAACAACUGGUAUUGUUGAAGUGCACUUUUCCUUUAAAAAUCUUAAUUUCAAACUCUUUGAUGUUGGUGGCCAACGUUCGGAACGAAAGAAAUGGAUUCAUUGCUUUGAAGAUGUUACCGCGAUUAUAUUUUGUGUUGCCAUGUCGGAAUAUGAUCAAGUUUUGCAUGAAGAUGAAACUACAAACCGAAUGCAAGAAUCUUUGAAAUUGUUUGACUCCAUUUGUAAUAAUAAAUGGUUUACGGAUACUUCGAUUAUUUUAUUCUUAAAUAAAAAAGAUUUAUUCGAAGAGAAAAUUCGCAAGAGUCCAUUGACAAUCUGUUUCCCAGAAUAUACAGGUUAGCAAAACUAACAAGCUUCUCGAAGUGUCUAA